GUUGAAGAAAAUAAAUAUUUCGAAUCAGAUUCCAAAUUUAUAUUCAUAUUGACAAUUUUUCAAUAUUAAUAGUAGUUUAUAUUUUUUAUAAAUUUGAUAAUUAUGCAGUUUUUAACAGUCAUUAUCAGCAUUUGUAUUGAAUAAUUUGUUAAUAUGUCGAAAACCAAUAAGGAAUAUAAAGUUAACAGUGAACUUUCAUCCCUCAUGGAUGUAAUGCUCAACAGCGGAGUCAAAGUUAAAUCAGCCGCAGAGGUAGGGAAAAGAGCAGUUCAAUUUACCAGGGGUGAUGAGAUAUCAAAGUGGCUAAUGAGUAACAAAGAACUCGUAUAUAAUAAGUGUCCAAGCUUUUUUCAAAACUCAAAAUUGGAGGAUAACGACGAUUUAGCAAAUUUUGUCGAUAGGCUCAUUGAAAAGGGAUUUAUGUAUCGCGCCCAGUAUCAACCACUUGAAGGAACACUGGAAAAGUCCGAAACCGGAUCAUACAAGAGACCGAUGUGGCCUAAGAGAUUAAUCAGAACUCAAAAACAGAGAUUCGAUACUGUAGGAUUCUACAUCCUCUCAUAUGAAGGGAGUCAAAAGUGGAAUUAUCUGAAGUUAAGCGGAAUAAUCUUCGGAAUCAUCGCAAUGUGUAUGUUCCAAGCAUGGCCAUUGUACUUAAAACUCUCAAUGUGGUACAUUUCAGUAGUUCUGCUAACAUUUCUGAUGGCCUCAAUAAUCCUGAGAUUGAUUCUGUUUUUGAUUAUGUGGUUCUGCGGAUACGAUUUCUGGCUCUUUCCGAACCUGUUCGACGAAGAUCUCGGAGUUGUAGACUCUUUCAAGCCAUUAUACUCAUUUACUUACCGAAAAGAUAACCUAACAAUGAUGGCAUGUAGAUUACUUUGCUCAAUACUAAUUGGAGUUUCCGUGUAUCAAUUGGGGAAAACGCAUGACAUAAAUGAUAUAUACAAAUUUACGAAGCAGUCAUUUUUGGAUGUACUCGAUUGGGGUCACCAGAAGCUUGCAGCUCCACCUGAGGAAGCUUCCUUUUACAAGUCACUCGGAGUUGAUCUGUCCACCGAGUUCAAGGAAAAGGACCCGGAAGAACCCACAGAAGAAGGAGAAGAAGAUGAUUACAACUGUUUACUGGGCUGUGGUUUCAAAUCUUUGGAUGAUUUGGUCAAGAAUUGUAUGACUGAUUGCGAGUGUAUGAGUAAUCUGCUGGAAAAUAGUUGUUUGAAGCACUGUCCUAAUGAGACAGUAGCAUCUUUAACUGAGGUUAAAGUCGACAUUUGUAAAAGAUACAAGAGGAAACAAACAGCUUUAUAAUUUCUUAAUCUCCAUGUA